AUGUUUAUCAGGAAGUUUCAAGAUGACCCUGAGUUGAAUCGUUUAUGUCUGCCUAUUGAAUCUGGCAAUGUUGAAAGUAAUACUCAGUCAACUACUUUAGAGAACACCCGAUGCAUUCAAGGUUUUCAGUUUUCGAAUAGCGAUAUAUCUGUUUCAUCAGUUCGUUAUCUAACCAAGGAGUUUCAUGAACCAAGUGGAAGUGGCGCCACAGUUUCUGAAUCACAUAUUGAUACCUGUUCAAUUGCUGAAAAAGUGAUUUAUGAUGACAGAACGAGAUUGAUAUUGGGAUGUGUUGAUCCUAGUUACAACUGGAAGAUGCCUGCAACAAAGCUCAAGUCAUCUUAUUUCCUUGUAGUGAUUAAGUAUAUGGGAGAACACAAUUGUGAUACAACUUACAUGAAUGCAAACCACUGGCAAGCCACUGCAAAACUUCUUGGUUCUUUUAUCUGCAGUCAUUUUGCAGAAAAGAAGGCUGGACUCAAGCCAAAACAGAUAAUUGAGAGAGUUAGAUUAGAUCAUGGUGUUCAUAUAAAAUACAAAAAAGCUUGGAGGGCAAAAGAGGCAGCUCAGAUUUUGGUUAGAGGAACUCCUGAGGACAUUUACCACAACAUAGCAAAAUGGUUGUUCAUGGCUAAAGAAAGAAAUCCAGGAUCAGUUGUUUAUCUUGAGAGGGAUUCUGGUACUAAAUUCAAAUAUGUGUUCAUUGCAUUCGGUCCAUCGAUAAGAGGUUUUGAUUUGCUGAAAGAGUGUCUUCGUACUAUCAUACCUGAUGCACCAGAUUUUGUGUUUGUCUCUGAUCGUGCAUCGUCCAUUGCAAAAGCACUUACAGAAUUGUAUCCAACAUCACAUCACAAAAUCUGCAAAUACCACCUUGGAAACAACAUCAAAGUAAGUUUCAAGGGUCAAUCUUAUUUGUCACUUGUUGAAUCUGCAGUCAUCGCUCAUACUCGUGAAGAGUUUGCUAAAAUAUUCAUCCAGAUUCAAGAUGCAAAUCCUAAGUUGGCUGAGUAUUUACAAAAAGCUGAUUUCAGAAAGUGGGCUCGUUCCUAUGCUCCUUCAAAUCGUUACAAUAUUAUGACAACAAACAUUGCAGAGUCAUUUAAUUCGAUGUUGAAAGAACCACGAGAGUUGCCAGUUCUUUCUCUUCUGGAGACAAUCAGGUUAACUUUGACUUCGUGGUUUCGUGAGAGACGUGAAAAGGCUGCUAAACAUGACAAGCUUGUCACGCCGCAAGUGGUGAAGAAGUUGGUAUUAAGGUUCUCAGAUGCAAUGAAACUUGACGUUUUCCAAGUUGAUGAAGACGAGUUUGAGGUGAAGGACAACAUUAACAAGUUUAUUGUUCACUUGAAGAACAUGCAUUGCAGUUGCUGUGUUUUUGACAUCGACAAAAUUCCGUGCAUUCACGCCAUUGCUGCUGCGAAGCGUUCAAAUAGGGAUGAAAACCAGUUUGUUCAUGUUUGCUAUUUGACUGAGACAUGGGCUAAAGUAUAUGCUGAAAGCAUACACCCGAAUGGAGAUAUAAAUGAUUGGACUUUCCCUGAUGUUAUAGAAGAAUUCUUUUGUGCACCUCCAUUUAGUAAGCCAAACAGUGGGAGACCACCAAAAAAAAGAAAGCGAUCUGUUGGAGAAUUUGGGGUGCCAGGUUCCAAGUCUCAGAGUCACAAGUGCAGUAGAUGUGGCACAUCAGGACACAAUAAGAGUGCAUGCCGACUUCCCAUAUGA